AUGGCCGACCUUAUGGCUUCUGGAGGCAUGCCUCCAGUAUCCAAUGGCAAGCCAGCCGCCUCCCCAUUCCGCCCUGGCGCAACUCCUGGUCAAACGGGCUCACCCUCUGGUAUCAGAGGCCCAAGGAUGAUCAUGCAGGAGCGCGCAGCUCGGGAAGCGCGCCAACGCGCUGAGGCAGAGGCGCAACAGCGCGAGAGAGCCGAGCAGGAGGCGCGCAUUCUGGAGCAGGCUCGGAGAGCAGAGGAACAGCGUAGAUCUGCUGGCGUUGCUGCUGGUCAGGUUCCUGACGCAGAAGCGCGUCAACCCAUGAACCCUCAGCGUCAGGCGCAAGCCGUCCCUGAUAACACAUCGGCCCGCCCCCGGGCAAACACAACAUCACAAGUACCAGCUAGCCGGCCCGGACGACCUGGUACUACCAAUCAACCACCUCCCCAAACUUUUACGGGCCCAACUCCCGGAAACCAACCCAAUUUUGCUGCACAGAGCACUGAGAGCGGAAACCAAGGAGGUGCCAGUGGCUCAAAGACCCGAAAUUCUUUUCCCCAUGCGUUCGAGCGAUGGGAGACGUUAUCUGCGCACUGGGAAGGACUCACCAGCUACUGGAUCCGUAAGCUUGAACAAAAUAAGGAUGAGUUGAAUCGGGAUCCUCUGAACCAGCAGCUCGCGCGCCAGGUGACAGAUCUAUCUGCGGCUGGAGCCAAUCUGUUUCAUGCCGUUGUUGAGCUUCAGCGUCUUCGCGCAAGUUCGGAGCGAAAGUUCCAGCGAUGGUUCUUCGAAACUCGAACUGAAUUGGAGCGCGCGCAAGAAGUCAAUGCCAUGUUGGAGGCUGCCCUAGACCAAGAACGUCGAGGCCGAGCAGACGCUAUCCGAGAAGCUGUCGAGAAUGAGCGAGGAACUUCGAAAGCUCAAAAGCAGCUUGCUGAGAUGCGCAAGGAGCUAUCCAUCUCCAAAGAGGAGGCGCGUCGUGCAUGGGAGGAACUGGGGCGACGUGAGCAAGAGGAACGUGACAGAACCCUAUCUCUUCAGUCAGGGCAGCCUACUAUUGUUGGAGGCGUACAAGUGGUUCCAAUGACACAUGGUGGUCCAAGCAGACAUCAAAGCAGCCGAGCUCAAGGGGUUUAUCAGACUGAGUAUGGAGCUAGUUACCCGGCUGAGACGACUUCCUCUCCCCGGACUCAGCCUCCAACAACAAGUGCUGGCGAAUAUCGCCAACAGGGUGGUGGCCUUCAAGCACCAGUAUCAGAGGGUGGUUACAGCGAAGGUGAGUACGUGAUUGAUGCAAAUGGCAACUUCCUGUUGGAUGCCCAAGGAAAUAAGAUUCCCUUCGCUGGACCACCUUCUACAUAUUCCGGUUCUGAUGCUGAAGCAGAAGAGUAUGCAACACCCGCUACCACCAAUCCACCAAGCGGUAAACAAGAUUCUCCUUCCACCUCUACUGGAGGAGGAGGAGGUAGUGGAGGAAGUGGAGGCCAAUGGACUGGCGCAUAUUCAGACCCCCAAGACUAUUCCGGCCAAGGCUAUGGGACUCCUGGCUGGGAGACAGUCCCUCGUCAUCACCAUCCUACCCGGCUGAGUGAUGUCAUGGAAGAGGAGGAUGAACGCAGCCGAGCCAGUACGAGCCGUGUAUAG